GUGAACGUCGAUGCAUAUAUACAGACACAUAUACAUACAAAAAAACAUAAACAGCAAGCAGCCUUCCCAAAUCAAGCCCUUUACCCCACCUUCACCCACUCCCCACCCACCCUACCCCACCUCAACGACUUACGUACCCUCAAAACAUAUUAGUACAUGAUUCAUUUACAAACAUACGCAGAAAAUCGACACACCAACAAGAACUUAAUUGCUUAUACUUGGUCUCCUGCAAGAACACAUCUUUCCUAAAUUCUUGGAAGGAGGAUUACGACAGCAGAUGCUAAGUAUUAACAGGUCAAAGCGGCCUAACAGGCCAAAUUCUACAGGAGGUAUGGAUUUUGUGGAUCCAGUGAAGAAGAGUGGUGUUAAAAGGAAGAUUGUUUUUGCCGCAUGUCUUAUAGUAAUAUGCAUCACAAUAGUAAAGAUAUCCCCAUAUUUCAGCAGCCCGAGCCCAUUUUCUCUUCAUGAACCUGGGAUUACUCACGUGUUAGUAACCGGAGGUGCUGGAUAUAUUGGCUCUCAUGCUUCACUACGGCUUCUAAGAGAUUCUCACCGUGUCACUAUAGUGGACAAUCUUUCCCGCGGAAACCUAGGCGCAGUCAAAGUUCUUCAAGGUCUCUUCCCUGAACCUGGUAGACUUCAAUUCAUUUAUGCUGAUUUGGGGGAUCCAAAAGCUGUAAACAAAAUCUUCUCGGAAAAUGCAUUUGAUGCUGUUAUGCACUUUGCAGCAGUUGCAUAUGUCGGGGAGAGUACCCUUGAUCCUUUAAAAUAUUAUCACAACAUUACAUCAAAUACUCUGGUGGUCUUGGAGGCUAUGGCAGCACAUAAUGUGAAUACUUUUAUUUACUCUAGUACAUGUGCGACAUACGGGGAGCCUGAUAAAAUGCCCAUUACAGAAGAAACCCCUCAGAACCCUAUUAACCCGUAUGGAAAAGCCAAGAAAAUGGCAGAAGAUAUUAUCUUGGAUUUCCACAAAAAUUCGGACAUGGCGGUCAUGAUCUUAAGAUACUUCAAUGUGAUAGGCUCGGAUCCGGGUGGAAGGUUGGGGGAAGCACCAAGACCAGAAUUACGUGAACACGGAAGAAUAUCAGGUGCAUGCUUUGACGCUGCUCGUGGUAUUACCACCGGACUCAAGGUCCGAGGAACAGACUAUAAAACUGCAGAUGGCACGUGCAUACGUGACUACAUAGACGUGACUGAUCUCGUAGAUGCUCAUGUAAAGGCUCUCGAGAAAGCUCAACCAGGGGAAGUCGGAAUCUACAAUGUUGGUACCGGAAAAGGUAGAUCCGUUAAAGAGUUUGUAGAAGCUUGCAAGAAGGCGACCGGGGUGUCUAUAAAAGUUGACUAUUUACCACGACGCCCUGGUGACUAUGCUGAAGUGUUUAGUGACCCGUCAAAGAUACUCCGUGAACUCAACUGGUCAGCACAAUACACGGAUCUUGAAAAGAGUUUACGGGUUGCAUGGAAAUGGCAAAAGUUGCAUCAUAAUGGUUAUGGCCCCCCAAAAGGUUAACUUUAAGAAGCUACCUCCAAAGUUCAAACUCAUUAUUUUUACUUACAGAAAACCUACAAGUUAGUGUGCAUUCUGUCUCGCGAUCACAUUCCUUUUUCUUCUGAAUAGAAAAACUACUGUGAAUCUGAUGAUAACUUGUAUGGUUGUCAUUCAAGCUGGUUGAAGAUUCGCUUGAUUUUGACCGGAGGAGACUUGUAUUCUUAUGAUUAAAGUUGUAAAUCGAUUUGAACUUGCUAUUUUUAUCUGUUGGUUAGGAUUAAAGUUGUAUGAGAGCAUCCUAUGAUAGAUCUGAAUAAUACAUUAUACAUGUUGGUUGUACGUAGUUUCAUUAGUAUCUUGCUAUAUACUCGUAUAAUAAAAUGACUAUUCAUUGCCAGGGUGUUGUAAA